AUGGCUCAGCAAGGUCAACCAGAAGUUCAGCAAGUCCCCAACAUGUCAAUCGAGACUGUCCAAUACAAUUUUAAAGUGAUUGACCAUACUCGUUCAUCACUUGCUCUAUUUUCUGGUGCUGCAGCAGGCAUUCUUGGUCUACAGGGUCUCUAUGGCUUUCUCUUUUAUCUUGCAGUAUCUCUAUUCAUGUCAUUGCUACAUUUCUUUUACUCUACUGGUAUGAAGCCCGAGGUGUAUUUGCCGACUGGAUUGCAAGUGUGGACUCAGAGUGUAUACGCCAACCUGUCAUCAUACGUGCUGUUCUGGACGUUGUUUUAUGGGCUAAUCCAUGUGUAUGAAUGA